CCCCCUGUGCACUUGAAGCGCUGCGUCUGCCGUGAAACAAGGAAAUGACAUACCAGAGAGCAAAUAGCGUCCGAAGCGAGUGAGUGCGCCUGGAAAAACAUGUAUUACCAUGGGAAACAACUUCACUAAAACAUUUGAGAAGUGGGGCCUUAGUCCUCACAAGUUCACAACCAAAAGCAAAAAGAAGAAAGAUGCCCCAGUGCGUCCACCGUCUCAGUCAGCCGAGGCCCACAUGUAUGACACAGUGGCUGAGAUGCCAAUGUACUCGAAGGUGAACAAGAAAGGGAGGCCUCAGCAGGAGCUACAUUAUGCAGAGGUGCAGGUCCUACAGCCUCACACUGCAUUCAGCAGGGGGAGCCACAGACCAGCUCCAGCAAGCAGCAGCACAGAAUAUGCCACCAUAGACUUCCUGUCUAAGGCAGCAGCCCCCUUUCACAGUGGUAGCAGCAGGUCAGCCACCUCCUCUGCACCUGCAGACAUCAUCAUCCCCCCAGGAGCCCUGCAAAGGCCAGUCCCACAGCCACAACCGAGGAAAAACUCCUCCAAGAAGACAGUGGUUGUUUAAGAGGGAAUACCACAAUCAUUGCAAAUCCUGUCAAAUUCACAGUAACUCUUCUAGACUAUGCUGUGACAUAGUUGUGUCAAUAAUAUUGCUGCAAUAUUAAAGCAAUACUGUGAAAAUGUGAUAUUACUGACACAUGCAUGCAGUGCCUGGCUGUGUUGAUUUUAAAUUAAUGAUUGUUAAAAGUUAAUGUUUAAACAUUUCUUGCUCUACAUGUUUAUUGUGGACUGUUAUAGCUAGAGGAUGUAUGCACAACGUGAAUAUGGAAGCGUUUGAGCAUGUUAAGGUUUGUAGAGAACACUACUACCUUGCCUCAGCUUGUCCUUACUGUUCCCAAGCACAAACCACAUCAGUUACAGUACAUUGUGUAGGUUUACAGUAUACUGAUUUCAUUAACUGGACUGCAGUUUAAUCUGUAAUUAAAUUAUAGGAAUGACUACAUUCUUCUGACACUGUAAUUCCACAAUUUCACAUAUUAAAUGCAUUUCCAGUUAUGCAUUUAAAAACAUAAACAAAAUUGAGCAUUCAUUUUUAUCAUCUCUGGAUAAAAUCUGGAUAAAAUUUUUCUUAUUAUCCUUAAUGAACUGUUUCUGUAUUAUUAUUUUGGACUGUUGUACUUAUUUAAGUACAUUUGUAUAAAUGGCUUGCACAUUUUGGAAGUAAAGGAACUCACUAACAAGCACUCAUUUUUAAAAGAAAAGUUGCGUCUUUGUAUGCACAUGCACAU